GCUCACGGGAAAAAAAAAACGGGGCAUGGACGCAGUGACACUCAGCAUCUGUACCAAGCGAUGAAGGUUUUGCUAGAUUUAACGGUUUUUGGUUAAAAAUAAAGACAAACACAAGCAGCGGUCACCAUGUAUGGUUUUGUGAAUCACGCCCUGGAGCUGCUCGUUUUGAGGAAUUACGGUCCGGAGGUGUGGGAGGACAUCAAGAGGGAGGCUCAACUUGAUAUCGAGGGUCAGUUCCUUGUUAGAAUCAUAUAUGAAGAUGCCAAAACAUAUGAUCUUGUCGCGGCUGCAAGUAAAGUCCUCAAGAUUGAUGCAGGAGACAUCCUGCAGAUGUUUGGGAAGAUGUUUUUUGAAUUUUGCCAGGAGUCGGGGUAUGAUACCAUCUUACGUGUGUUGGGCUCAAAUGUUCGUGAAUUCCUGCAGAAUUUGGAUGCUCUACACGAUCACCUGGGUACCAUUUAUCCUGGGAUGAGGGCUCCGUCGUUUCGUUGCACUGAUGCCGAGAAAGGAAACAAUCUGAUUCUCCACUACUACUCGGAGAGAGAAGGCCUGCAAGACAUCGUCAUCGGCAUCAUUAAAACUGUCGCUCAACAAAUCCACGGAACAGAGAUAGAGAUGAAGAUGAUCCAACCAAAAAGCGAGGAGUGCGACCACAUCAAGUUUCUGAUAGAGGAGAAGGACUCGGAGGAGGAGGCGUUCUACGAAGAUCUCGACGGCUUCGAGGAGAACGGCACUCAGGAGACUCGGAUCAGCCCCUAUACGUUUUGCAAGGCCUUCCCGUUCCACCUCAUGUUUGACAAGGACCUGAUGCUCACACAGUGCGGCAACGCCAUUUACCGAGUCCUGCCUCAGCUCCAACCGGGUACCUGUAUCCUCCCUUCAGUUUUUUCUCUGGUCCGUCCUCACAUUGACUUCAGUUUUCAUGGCAUUCUUUCCCACAUCAACACCGUCUUUGUUCUGCGCAGCAAGGAAGGCCUGCUGAAUGUGGAGACGGUAGAGAACGAGGACGAGCUGACGGGGGUGGAGAUCAGCUGUCUGAGAUUGAAAGGACAGAUGAUUUACUUGCCAGAGGCAGAGAACAUCCUUUUUCUUUGCUCGCCCAGUGUUAUGAACCUGGACGAUCUAACUCGGAGGGGGCUAUACCUAAGCGACAUCCCCCUACAUGAUGCCACACGUGACCUGGUGCUGCUGGGUGAGCAGUUUCGUGAGGAGUACAAGCUUACCCAAGAGCUGGAAAUCUUGACAGAUCGUCUCCAGCACACACUCCGAGCCCUGGAGGAUGAGAAGAAGAAGACAGACAGAUUGCUCUAUUCCGUUCUGCCACCAUCUGUUGCCAAUGAGCUGCGACACAAGCGGCCCGUCCCGGCAAAACGCUACGACAACGUGACCAUCCUCUUCAGCGGCAUUGUCGGAUUCAACGCCUUCUGCAGCAAGCAUGCCUCAGCCGAGGGAGCCAUCAAGAUAGUCAACCUUCUCAAUGAUGUUUACACACGUUUCGACAUCUUGACAGACUCUCGGAAGAACCCUUAUGUAUACAAGGUGGAAACGGUCGGCGAUAAGUAUAUGACGGUGAGCGGCCUGCCUGAGCCGUGCACACACCACGCCAAGUCCAUCUGCCACCUCGCUCUCGAUAUGAUGGAGAUCGCAGGACAAGUCAAAGUGGACGACGAGCCCGUACAGAUUACUAUUGGGAUUCACACAGGAGAGGUGGUGACCGGGGUGAUUGGCCAGAGGAUGCCCAGAUAUUGCCUUUUCGGAAAUACGGUCAACCUCACAAGCCGCACUGAAACAACUGGUGAAAAAGGAAGAAUAAAUGUCUCAGAGUACACGUAUCGGUGUUUGCAGUCUGCCGAGAAUGCCGACCCUCAGUUUCAUUUAGCGUAUCGGGGCCCCGUCACCAUGAAAGGAAAGAAGGAGCCGAUGAAGGUGUGGUUUCUUUCCAGGACGCCCACUGACACAGAGAGGUUAACUAGCACCACUAGUAUCAUCUAAUAAAUGCUUCAGUGCUGUACUGUCUGCUGACACUGUGAGGCAGAGAUGAGAUGGAGCAGGUGAGCUAUAAAAUAAUGAUCUAUCCAGAGACAUGAAGAUAUUUUUAAUAUUAUAAAACACAGUUUCGGUGUCCUGCUUGCCCUCCCUGUCUCUGCUUCCCCAUGAUCUGUCAUGACCUCACUAUAUUUUAUAACUGUGCAGUGCUUCAUGAAUACAUAGAGGUUAAUGAAACAGUAUGUGGUACAUUCAGGUUUGAUACAUUUUUUGGACAAAGUCAUGUAUUAUAGACAAUAACUAGUGUCACAAAAGGUUUUCGAUAAGCAAAACAUUUACGGCCACUUGUCUCGUGUCAAAAAUACAAAAGAUUUAUAGUCUUAACUCAGCCAAAAACUACUCACUACUCAAUAUGUUUUGUAUGUGUUGUCUGAUUUACUUUAAAAGUUACAAUGGCAAAAUCCUUAUUUAAAGUGAAAAUCUGACUUAUAGGUACAAUUUUAAGAAAGGUUCUGUGACUCAGUGUCAUGUUUGUAUACAUUACUGUCAGUAUUUGUUCAUUAAAUAUGACAAGUUUUACACUGAAUAUACUCCACUGACAUCAAUUAAAUCAAUUAAAGAAAAAGUAUUUAGAUAUUAGAGAUACCGUAUUUAUAUAUAUAUAUAUUUAUAUCACAAUGUUCAUUUAUUCUUUGGCACACAAACUACUAAGCUAACUACAUUAUGCAUUACAUUGCAAGGAUGUAUUUUUAGAAGUCACAGAUUUUAAGUAUUUGAGCCAUUAGUAUCUUCAUGUAUCUAUCACUAAAAAUUAACUAAAAAUCUCUACUUUAUUUAUUGCACCUCUCAUUACACUAUCUCCUUGUUUCUCCUUCUAUUAAAUAAUACCGAGUGCUAUUUUACUUCUACUGUACGUAUGUUAUUGAGAGCAACCGUUACCGAGCAACAUAUUUAUUAUCAGUUUCAUGUUACUUUGUAUUAUUUUAUUUUGAAAUAAGAAGUUUAAAUGUAAUGAUGACCUUUAGAAAAGAAAAAAUAUAUAGUAAACUUUAUUAUGGAUAAAACUACUGUAUGUGCCUCCAUCAUAUUUAGAAUUAACUUAAAACUUUUUGUGCUUUAUGUGUUGGAUUAAUUUCACAGGAGUAUAUGUACUGCAUUUUUUUCCCCACUACGUUUUCCAAAUUUAUAUCUACCAAACUUCACAUAAUGUUCUUCCAGCUUCUUGUGCAACAACAAACAGGUGCCUCUUGUACUGUAUGAGUGCAUUUCUGUGCUUGUAAGACAUGACUGUUUUGUUCGGCCAGUGUUUCUUUUUGUGAGGUAACUAAUAAACAAGUCUUCAAAAGUG